AUGCCAUUUGUCUCAUAUCAUUCAGCAAUUAAGUUAAAGUAUUUUCAUUUUGUAAAUUUUAGCUUGAAAAUUUGUAUUUCUAUCAAAAAGAAGAAUUAUUGCACAAUAUAAAUUUCAUUACAAGUAAUAUUUUUAUUAAAUCUGAGUCUCCUCUUUUCCUUGAGAUCAAAUGCUUUAUCAAAAUAUAAUAAUAGGCAUAUUUUUAAAUGGAGGAUUUGACUCAACAUAAGCAAAUAAUUCAAUAAUCUUAUAAGCUAUUUAAGAUAUUUGGAAGGAAAAAAAAAAGUCAUUUUUCAAAAAUAAUAAUCGAGUUAGAAAGAUCAAGUCAAUUCAAUUAAAUUAUCUAGAAUUAAGAAUUACUAAAAAGAAACAUGAUUUGUAUUUAAAUAGUUUUAAUCCUCAGUUAUUAGGUUGGAACUUAAAAUUAUAAUCUUGCUUGA